GAGACAGCCCAACCUUGCUCCAAGAAGUUCCCCAUGCCUCAGAAAGGAGUCGACUGCCACUUCUAUUUCAACUCUGUCUGCUUUAAGGGAGACAGCUGUCCCUUCCGCCACUGCGAAGCGGCUCUGGGGAGUGAAGAGGUCUGCAAGCUGUGGAUGCAGGGUCGCUGUUCCAGCAGCGACUGCAGGCUCAGACACACAAAAAUUGAUAAGAAGCGCAGUGAGAUUCCCUGCUACUGGGAGAAUCGGCCGGGAGGCUGUCAGAAAGCCCACUGCCCUUUCCUUCACUUGAAGGAACGCGGUGGGAAGGCACCGACUGUACCACCAAGUGACGAAGCUGACACGAGCCUUCCUCUGACCAGCGGCCCUGCACAAAGUCUGGAGAGCCAGACAGAGGUUGAGAAGGCAGCAGAGAGAGGUGACAUCCCAUCUUCCUCCCAUGGCCCGGCUGCGCAAAAGCGCAAGCGAUGUCAGGAGAAGGGCAAAGCAAGCGAGUUGCCUCUCAAGAAGAGAGUCAAGGCUGGACGCAAGGUGUACCUCAGGUCUGCUGCUUGGAAAUCCACCUUCCCCAGGAAGCAGACACUGAAGCGCAAAGCAGCGGACAUGCAACCGUCUGCUGCUGAGGACACCGAUGAGCCCCCAGCCAGAAAACUGCCUAUGGCCAUCGUUCCAGCCCUGCCUGGGGACAGCCUGGUGACCAUUCCUGCAGUUGAAACACCUCCGAGCAGUCUGGAACUGCUUCUGGGAAGCCAGGCAGACUCCGUGGCAGACUCUGUGCCUUGGGCCUCACAAGCAGCACAUCAGAUGCAGCAGCUGAGCUGCACAGAGGCGGGGAAAGCGCUCAUCUCCGAGGAGGAUGACAUCGAGACAUUAAUGAUGGAAAUCAUGGGAGAUGAGUUAGAAGGAGAAAUUGACAUGGAUACUGACAAGGAUACGGACGAGCUCCUUCAGGAACUGUCUGACAUCAUUGACAGUGUAACACCAUAGACUGAUUGUAUAUUUUAAAACAACCACCAACAAAAAACAAUUAAAACCAACCCUAUUCCUUUUCAACCAACCUUGUUCCUUUUCUUUCUUAUACUGUGGGGACACUUUUCCUGAAACUGUGCAAGGAGUCUGAAAGCAAACUGGUCAAAAUCAGCAGCGCCUGCGUUCUGUUCUCCUGAUUUCCCUGCUGCUCAGAGUUCAG